AUGAGCGUCUCUCGGGGAAGAGACCCGGAAUCUUUAGAGAGAGAAAACGAUAGAAGCUUAGAGACGAUGGGAGACCGAGUGUCGAUGUUGAAAAACAUCACCAUGGACAUUCACAAAGAAGCGGAUUCGCACCACCGGAUUUUAGACGGCAUGAGAGACGACAUGAGCGGUUUCCAAGGGGUGCUGACGCAAACGGUCCAGCAUUUUUCAAAGGUUUUAGAGACGAAGAAUGGGAGGUACUUUUGCUACUUGUUCGGGUUCUUCAUCGGGAUGUGGUUCUUGAGCAAGAUUAUUUUUGCAUAA